UACGAAUCUUUAAAAAGUGUGCUUACAAGUGAGAAUUUGAAAGUGUUAUAAGUGUAAACGUCAUCGCAAACCGAGUUCACACAUGGCGAGAAUCGAUGAGAAGCACCCAUGGGCUACAUGGCUGUGCAAGACUAGGGCUCGAUUGUUUCAGGCUUUGCAGACAGCGAGACAGAAAAGGGGUUGGGAAGUGUGUAAACUUGAGCUUGGGUCCAAACUGCCUUUUGUGGCAUCGCCUGCGAGACCAACUCGUGCAAAUACACUGAAUAACACAUAUGAAGAAUCUCGUCCCCAGAGAUUGAAGUCUUCGUUGGACUACCGUUUUGAUGACGCGUUGAAGGUAAAACAGUUAAAACCUUUGAAACCUAAGAAAGAAGAAAUGAAAAAGAUUCUUCGAGAUUCAAGCAGCGAGAAGCUUGAACCUAAAUUCAAAGAAAGAAAGGACAAGAAAAUGGGAAAAUCUCAGAGAAGAGCCGAGAAGGACAUUACUGAAUUGCCUCUGGUUAUUCAUGUCCAAAGACAACCUGCCUUUCUUAAAAUCAAGACGCAUGAGAAAAAUAUGCCUUUUCCUAAAAUAGAUGAGGACAUCCUGAAAAAGUUGGGAUUUGCUGUGCAGGGCAUUUUGCCUUCUAUCGUCCCAAAGAAAUGAUAAUAAUAAUAGCCUCUAUUUAUCCAGGAUAACACAAAUUAGCAUAAAGCUAGUUUCCAUUGUGGUCCUGCACACGACACGACGAUAUAUAACUGAAAAAGGAUCGCAUUAUAACGAUUCUAAAUCAAUAUUACUAGUAAUAUGCCGUUUUAUUAUUUCUAGUCAUUUUAUAUUGUGCUUAACGGUUAUAAACUGAUGUUGACUUUCUAAAGAAGAUUUUUAAGCAUACACAUGGCUUGGAUGUGUUCUUUUUUAUAAAUAUUAAAAUAUUUU